UUGGUGGCGCUCUAGAGUACCCACCGGAAGGGCUUGAAGCCGGGGCCAUGUCGGCCCAGGGCGACUGUGAGUUUCUGGUGCAGCGAGCCCGGGAGCUAGUGCCCCAGGACCUGUGGGCAGCCAAGGCGUGGCUGAUCACGGCCCGCAGCCUCUACCCGGCCGACUUCAACAUCCAGUAUGAGAUGUACACCAUCGAACGGAAUGCAGAGAGGACUGCCACCGCAGGGAGGUUGCUGUAUGACAUGUUUGUGAAUUUCCCAGACCAGCCGGUGGUGUGGAGAGAAAUCAGUAUCAUAACAUCAGCGUUGAGGAAUGAUUCGCAAGAUAAGCAAACCCAGUUUUUAAGAAGUUUAUUUGAAACCCUUCCGGGUCGGGUCCAGUGUGAAAUGCUACUGAAGGUGACCGAGCAGUGCUUCAACACGCUGGAGCGAUCGGAGAUGCUGCUGCUGCUGCUGAGGCGUUUCCCUGAGACGGUGGUGCAGCACGGGGUUGGCCUUGGGGAGGCACUGCUGGAAGCUGAGACCAUUGAAGAACAAGAAUCCCCUGUUAACUGCUUUAGAAAGCUAUUUGUCUGCGACGUCCUUCCUCUAAUAAUCAACAACCAUGAUGUUCGCUUGCCUGCCAAUCUGUUAUAUAAAUACUUGAACAAAGCAGCUGAAUUUUACAUCAACUAUGUCACUCGGUCCACACAGUUGGAAAACCAGCAUCAAGGUGCACCAGAUACAUCUGACUUAAUGUCACCUAGCAAACGUAGCUCUCAGAAGUACAUAAUAGAGGGACUGACUGAGAAAUCGUCCCACAUUGUCGACCCCUGGGAGAGGUUGUUUAAGAUUCUGAAUGUCGUUGGAAUGAGAUGCGAAUGGCAGAUGGAUAAAGGAAGACGAAGCUGUAGCGACAUGCUGCACCGGAUGAAGGAGCUCUGCAGGUACAUGAACAGCUUCGACAGCGAAGCUCAUACCAACUAUAAAAACCAAGUGCUCUACUCCACCAUGCUGGUGCUCUUCAAGAGCGCGUUCCAGUACGUCAGCAGCAUCCAGCCAUCUCUCUUCCAAGGUCCUAACGCCCCAAGCCAGGUUCCACUAGUCCUCCUGGAAGAUGUAGCCAAUGUGUAUGGUGAUGUAGAAAUUGACCGCAGUAAACACAUACACAAGAAGAGGAAGCUAGCUGAGGGAAGAGAAAAAACCAUGAGUUCAGAUGACGAAGAGUGUUCAGCGAAGGGCAGAAAUCGGCACAUUGUUGUCAGUAAGGCUGACCUCAGCAACUCCAUCGAAGUGCUGGAGAGCUUCAAACUGGCCAGGGAGAGCUGGGAGUUACUCUACUCUCUGGAAUUCCUUGACAAAGAAUUUACAAGAAUUUGUUUGGCUUGGAAGACAGACACCUGGCUGUGGCUGAGAAUCUUCCUCACAGAUAUGAUCAUCUACCAGGGUCAGUAUAAGAAGGCAAUAGCCAGUCUGCAUCACUUAGCGGCUCUCCAAGGAUCCCUUUCGCAGCCACAGAUCUCAGGACAGGGGACUUUAGAACACCAGAGGGCACUCAUCCAGCUGGCAACAUGUCACUUUGCUCUGGGGGAGUACAGGAUGACAUGUGAGAAAGUCCUGGAUCUGAUGUGCUACAUGGUGCUCCCCAUACAAGAUGGAGGGAAGUCGCAGGAAGAGCCGUCCAAAGUAAAGCCCAAGUGUAGAAAAGGUUUGGAUCUGAAGCUUCUGCCCUGUACCAGCAAGGCUAUUAUGCCGUACUGCUUGCACUUGAUGCUGGCCUGCUUUAAGCUGAGAGCUUUUACAGACAACAGAGACGACAUGGCACUGGGCCAUGUGAUUGUACUGCUCCAACAGGAGUGGCCACGGGGAGAGAACCUUUUCCUGAAAGCCAUCAGUAAGAUUUGCCAGCAAGGAAAUUUCCAGUAUGAGAACUUCUUCAGCUAUGUUACAAACAUUGAUAUGCUGGAGGAAUUUGCCUAUUUAAGAACCCAGGAAGGAGGGAAGAUUCAUCUGGAAUUACUCCCAAAUCAAGGAAUGCUGAUCAACCAUUGCAGACCUUUUGGGUGGUCCCUCCAGAUGAGUGGCAGAGAUGUUGUGAGCAGUGUACCUCUCCUCCCCUUGGGGCCUUCUAGCCCUCCCAUGGGGUUACUGCAGCAGGAAUUCUUACCUGUGCUUCAGCCCAGCAUACAGACUGCUGACAGGCACCACACAGUCACUAGAGGCAUCACCAAAGGUGUGAAGGAGGACUUCCGCCUGGCCAUGGAGCGCCAGGUCUCCCGCUGUGGUGAGAACCUGAUGGUGGUCCUGCAUCGCUUCUGCAUUAAUGAGAAGAUCCUGCUCCUGCAGACUCUGACCUGAUCGACCUCCCGGCCACCAGCAGCUCAGCUGGGACAAGCGCUGCCAGACCAGGGCUGGGGAAGAAGGAAGACACCGAGUUCUAACUCCCUUAGUUGCUUCAAAGUUAUCCCAAGAGUUAGGGAGUUGUUUCUAUUUUUAAGACUUCGGGUUUUUUAAUUUGUACAAAAUAAGAGUCAAUCCAUUUUGUAAAUAAAAAUCCUAAAAGUUUGAAGUUUGGAAAAAACCUUAGUAUCAA